CGUCGGUGCCCGGGAAGGCGGGGCGGGCGGCCGGGCCCCGGAAGGCGGCGGGAAGGAGCGCGACUGCGGGCCAUGGCGGCGCCCGACGUGCUGCUGGUGAUGGGCGUGAGCGGCUCGGGGAAGGACUAGCAGGUGCUCAGUAAGUACUGGCUGAGUGAAACGAGCAGUGAGUGGAUACAUGUAGUUCAGUUCCCUGUUCUGCAGAUCGACCGUGGGCGCCCUGCUGGCAUCCGAGCUAGGAUGGAAAUUCUAUGAUGCGGACGACUAUCACCCAGAGGAAAAUCGAACGAAGAUGGGAAAAGGGAUCCCACUGAAUGACCAGGCCUUUCAGCCACCGGCGCAGACUCGUAUCCACCCCAAAGCCAGAAAGAUCAUUACAAGUUCAAAUCCAGCCUUUUGGAAGUUUCCCAUCCAUCUCAAGGACAGGAUUCCAUGGCUCUGCAACUUACAUGACAUUUUACUAAGAGAUGUAGCCUCCGGACAGCAUGUGGUUCUAGCCUGUUCAGGUCUGAAGAAAAUGUACAGAGACAUCUUAAUACGAGGAAAAGAUGGCACACCUCUGAAGUCUGAUGGGACAGGGAAGGACAAACAGCCAGCCGAGGUGAAGCUCCUCGUGGUCCAUCUGAAUGGGUCGUUUGAGGUCAUCUCUGGACGCUUACUCAAAAGAAAAGGACAUUUCAUGCCUCCUGAAUUACUGCAGUCCCAGUUUGAUACUCUGGAGCCCCCAUCAGCUCCAGAAAAUUUCAUUCAAAUCAGUGUGGACAAAAAUCUUUCAGAGAUAAUUGCUACAAUCGUGGACACUCUAAGAUAAAAGGAGAACAGUUUCAGAUUGGCAGUCUAGAACAAUCAGGAAACCUCUAUUCCAUCCCAAACUAUGUUCUGGUGUCUUUGCCAAUACUGUAUUCUAAAUUCCUAAGGUGAACAAAUCAUAGUGUACUGAGAUACACUUUUGGGGGUAUAUUUUUAGGAAUUUGUACUCUGACACACUGAGAGGAAACAGCAGGGAACUCUGAAAGUAAAGCUUCAGUAGAAAUUCAAAUUCCUAUGACCUAAUCAAACGAUCAGAGGGAAGCCCGUAAUCGAUGCUGUAAACCACCACCUUAUUUAGAACAUUUCUUGAUCAUACCUAUAUUUGAACAAAUAAAUCAAACUUGGCUAUCCUUGGUAUCCCCUAGAAAUUGGUCCCAGGAGCAGAAACGUGUACAAAAUCAACCACUCACCACCAAGUCAUGUCACACCACACACUUCUAAUCCUCUCCUCUCUCCUUGGAUUAUCUCAAGGUAAAUAAAUUAAAAGCACAGUG